UAUGUCGGAUAAGUCCAAGUCGGAUAUAUGGAAAAAAACUAAAAUUGCUGAUUCAUCCUUAUCAGCGAAUUUAUCAUCAAUGAGUGGUUUUAGAGGUAGCGGAAGACGUAAGACUAAUUUUUUAGUAUUGCAGCAAGAAUAUCUAAAAGAGCAGCAAUUAGCUCAAUUACUUAAAGAAAAGAGAAUAGCUGACUUGAGGCCUAUUCAUUAUCUUAUUCUAAAUGAUGUUUCACAAGUGUUUAAUAGCGAUCUUAAAUUUACUUUAGACUGCGUUAUGGAUACUUCAGAGCAAUUUCAACUGUUUGAAUCUUUCGUCGGUGAAUUUGGAAGGAAUUCUUUAAUGUUUUUCCGACAAUUCGUUAAGAAUCAGCAACGGAUUUUUAUCGCUGAUGGUACAAGAGAAGAGUUUUCUGGUCAAUGUAUUAUAUUCCUUAAGAAUAAUCCGCAAAUACAGUUAGAAGAAGAGAAUUUUUACGAUAUUGUAAAUAUGUGUCAAAUGGAUAAUUCCUUACCUUCGAAUACUGUAUUAAUGUCUGCUGUUGAACCUCUUAGAUUGGCUAAUACCAAUGGAGACGAAAAUGAACCCUGUCGCGUUUCCGCUUAUAAACCGGAAAUUAAAUCUGUAAAUCCACUGGAUUUUUUAGGUCAAAUUGACAAUUUUAUAUCGACUUUGACUGAUAUGGAAAAUAGUUUUAACGAAAGUGUUAAAUUGGAAAUUUCACAUGAAGAUGAAAUUAUAGACGGCUUUGAUAUCACUAAAUUAGACUAUCAAACUUCGGUAAAAUGUUCAAAUAAUACAGCAGUUAUAAAAAGAAUGGAAGUAAUCCUUAUGAAAUGGUUAAAAGUUAUAGAACAAACUCUUAUGACAACUAGACAAAUGAGGCGAGAAGCUGAUGAUUCUGGACCCUUAUCGGAAUUAGAACAUUGGCGUCAUUUAACCGUUAAAUUUCAUAUUUUAAUAGAUACACUUAAUAAACAACCAGUUAGCGGAUUAACAUUAUGUAUGUCGAUCAUAAAGCAUCCUUUAUUGAGAACCUGGAAAGAAGUUGAAAAUAAAGUAAUUAAUAUGGCUAAUGAAGCAAGGGACAACCUAAAGUUUCUAUAUACUUUAGAAAGUUGUUGUAAGCCAUUAUACGAAGAUACUCCUAUAGAAAUUAUUAAUCAUAUACCAAGUAUCAUUAAUACCAUACGGAUGAUAAAGGCUGUCUCUAUGUAUUACAACACUUCAGAAAGAGUUACAUCGUUGUUUGUCAAAAUAACUAAUCAAAUGAUUAAAGCUUGUCGAAAAUAUCUAACUAAUGGGCAACCUGGACAAAGGAUAUGGGAUUUUCCAACAGAUUUAGAAUUAAAAAGGAUAAAAGAUUGUCAUAAUCUUUAUCAAUCUUAUCAAGAUAUUUUUCACGAAGUUCAAGAAUCUAUUGUUUUAACUCCUGGCGAAAAAAAUUUAGAAAUAAGCGAAACGUAUAUUUUCGGUAAAUUCGAUUCAUUCUGUAAAAGAUUAGAUAAAGUUGGUGGCUUAUUGAAUUAUGUACGAACUUAUUCGACGCUUAAAUAUUCAAAAAUUGAAGGAAUUGAAUCGAUAUGGAAAAAAUUUGAAUCGAUUUUUAUUAAAAUGAAAAAUCAAGAUUACGAUCCUCUUGACUAUAAGAAUUUAUCAUUUGAUAAUGAUUGCAAUGAAUUUGAUCAUUUUGCUUAUGAUUUAGAAGCUCAACUGCAAAAUUUUAUGAAUAGUAAAUUUCAAUCAAUUGAUUGUAUGUUCCACUCUUGUACGCUUCUAAAGAGAUUUGAAGCUUUAAAUCUACCAAGAUUACCUAUCAAAGCCACUUAUAAACAUUUGUUUCUAUCUUUUGGACACGCAAUUGAAGGAUUUAUAAAUUAUUAUAAUAAGUUUAGAAACAAGCCGGAAUGUCCGUUUUUAUCAUCAUCUUUUGGAGGACGUAUUCUAUGGAGUAGGAAUUUAUUGAAACGAUUAGAGACGACGAUGAAAUUCUUCGAAUCCGAAAAAAGCGUCUUUUACGGUAAUGACAGUCAACGAUGCGUCGCCUGCUAUAAUCGUUUAAUAACUGCUUUAUGCCAAUAUGAAAAGCUUCAACACGAAGCAUGGAUUAAAUCAGUUGAGGAUAUUAAAAAUAAUCUUCAAAGUCCACUUCUCUAUAAAAUCACUGAUAAAGAUCAAUUAGUUCUCAAUUUUGAUUGGCACAUAAAGGAGACGAUAAAGGAAGGUGAACUAAUGAAAAAAUUGCAUAUGGAUAUACCAGAUGACGUCGUUCAACUUAUAUACGAAAAGAAAGAGAUAGAUGGUUAUUACCAUUCUUUAAAUCUAUUUAUAAACGAUUUAGAGAAUGUUAAAGCGAAUAUUCCAAAUAUCUUAAAGAGUAUUGUUAAACCUUUAUUUAAAAAAUUGGAUAUGAUAAUACAACCAGGUCUUACAACUUUAACCUGGUCCUCUAUUAGUAUUCAAUUAUUUGCCGAUAGAUGCCAACUACACUUAAACCAUCUGAAAGAAGUUUUAAAUCAAAUAUACGAUACAAAAAAAUACAGAAUAGAUGAUAUUCUUCAUAAAAUCUCCAAAACUAAAUUAUUAAUAUUCCCUGAGGAUCUUGAUUACGUAAUAGAUGAUACUAAUUAUAAUACAGUCAUUAAAUGGAGUUUAGACGAAUUUAAGACAAGAAUUAAAAGAGUUUGUCAACAUCAGGCUAAAAAUAUAGAUAAUUGGUUGGCUAUUGCCGAACAAGGCGUUAAAGAACUUAUCGAGAUAGUAACAUUAAAAUCGUUUGAUAAUUACGAAUCAUCUAUACAAUUAUUUAAAAAGAAAAGUCAAGAAGAUAGUACUUCUCUCGUUAAUAUAUUUGUUUCAGCAACAAGCUUGGAAGAUGUAGAGGGCGUUGAAAAGCUAGAUAUUCAACAGCGUAAUUGGGAUAAAUGCCAAGAAUUGUUUGAUAUUUACGGUUAUCAGGCCAGAGAGGCAUUUUUAACUUGUUUACGUGAAAACUUAGAGACGCUUAAAAAUAGAUUGUUACCCAUCAAAGAGAUGUCUAGUUCUAAAAAUAGAAAUUUUUCCGUUGCAAAAUUACAUCUAUUCUUAAAUUUACCGAACGUUAGACUAAAACCAACAUUAGAAGACUUUCAAUCUACCAUUAAUAGUAUUGUUUAUAGCAUAACAAGAACAUUACCCUCAACGAUAAUUCAAUGGGGAGAAAUUCGUCAAUUAGUCGUUUAUGCCGAAAAGGAACUGAUACAGCACGAAGAUCUAUUUUAUCGUUUUAUUAAAUCUCAGCAAGGAUACUCUUCAAAUUUACCGACAAGUUUGCAACAAAAAGUUAUACUUCCGGCCGAGGUUAAUGAGACUAAAAGCAUGUUAAAAACGGUUUUAGAGAGCAAAGAUUUAUCAAAACUAAGUUCACAAUUGAAGACAAUUGCUAGCUUAUAUAAAGAAGAGUUGGAUGAUAAGAUAAGGCAUUUAUCGUCUGAUAACUUUUUGUGGAUUGAAAAUCUUGAUGAUAGAACUGAAGGAUUUCUAGGAACAAGUAAAGGCUUGUACGAAUUUCUGGAUGAAUUAAAGGCCUAUGAUGAUGUUGAAAUGAGCAUUGAUAUUCUGCCUAAUCAUCUGAGAAUUGGCGCUCUUGAUGUAGAUACGACACCUCUCAUCGAAUCAUUAAAAGUUGAAAAUAAUCGUUGGAGGACUAAAUUUCUUCAAAAAUUUAAUAAAAUUUAUAAGAUUAAAGCUGACUUAAUUAAAAACUUUCUUGAAGACCAUAUUAAGAGGUUACAAAGACCAAUAAAAGAUUUGGAAGACGUUCGUAACGCUAUGUCAACUCUGGAAUCAGUUAAAGGGCAACAGUUAAAGAUAGACGCCGAUCUGACUCCUAUUGAAGAAUGUUAUUCAAUUCUUCAUAAGUAUGAGCUUACGCUUACAAAAGACGAAGCCGAUAUGAUCGACUCACUUAGAUUUAAGCUUAACAAGUUAAAUAGAGUGUCUUCAGACGUUACAGAUAAUCUAUUAAAGCUUCAACCAAAAUUUAGGAAAGAAUUGGAAUCUUCUAUUAAUCAGUUUAUUACUCAUUUGAAUAAGUUUGCUAUGGAUUACGAAGCAAAUGGCCCAAUGGAAGAGAGUAUUUCGGCCGAAGAGGCUAGUGAAAGAUUAAUCCUAUUUCAAAUUAGAUUUGAUAAUUUAUUCCGCUCAUAUGAAACGUAUCAUGCAGGAGAAAAAUUAUUCGGUUUACCUGAAAGAGAAUAUCCGUAUCUCAAACGGAUUAAAAAAGAAUUAAAUCUUUUGCAAAAGCUAUACUCUUUAUACAAGACGACUAUGGAUUCUAUAAAUGGAUUUUCUGAAAUUCCUUGGAGUGACGUUAAGAUAGAUAGAAUUAACGACCAGUUGAUUGACCUACAGAAUAAAUGCCGAAGAUUACCAAGAGGUCUAAAAGAAUGGCCAGCUUAUUACGACCUUAAAAAGAAAAUUGAUGAAUUUAAUGAAUGCUGCCCUCUAUUGGAGAUGAUGGCGUCAAAAUCUAUGAAAAAUAGGCAUUGGGAAAAAUUAUCUAUUCUGACUGGAACAAUAAUGAAAAUCGAAAAUGAAGAUUUUAGAUUAAAAGAUAUAAUGAGGGCUCCUUUACUCAUUCAUAGAGAAGAUAUUGAAGAUAUAUGCGUUUCUUCUCAUAAAGAGAAAGAAAUUGAGGCUAAAUUAUGUCAAAUAGAAUCUGAAUGGAAUGAAAAGUAUCUUCAAUUGACAACUUUUAAGAAUAGAGGAGAAAUCCUGUUAAAAGGUCAGGAAAUAUCCGAUGUUAUUACUUUAAUGGAUGAUUCUUUAAUGUUACUUGGCUCUUUAUUGGCUAAUAGAUAUAAUACAUUUUUUAAGAAAAAGAUUCAGGAUUGGACUGGAAAGUUGACUAAUUCAAGAGAAAUACUUGAAAAUUGGAUGACUGUUCAAAAUCUAUGGAUUUAUUUAGAAGCUGUUUUCGUUGGAGGAGAUAUAGCGAAACAAUUACCCAGAGAGGCGAAACGAUUUCAUCAAAUUGAUAGAUCAUGGGUAAAAAUUAUGACAAGAGCUAGAGAGGAUCCAAAUAUCAUAAAUGCAUGCGUAGGAGACGAAGCUCUUGGACAACUAUUACCUCAUUUAUUAGAACAAUUGGAAAUAUGUCAAAAAUCAUUAACUGGUUAUCUUGAAACUAAAAGAACCUUAUUUCCAAGAUUUUAUUUUGUAUCUGAUCCAACUUUAUUAGAAAUUCUUGGCCAAGCGUCAGAUCCUCAUACAAUUGAACUGCAUCUUCUCGAUAUAUUUGAAAAUACAGCUAAAAUAUCAUGGUCACCACAAGAAUAUGACAAAAUCAUGUGUGUCUUCUCAAGUGAGGGUGAUAAAUUAAACCUAAAUAGACCUAUUAAAGCUGCCGGUAACGUUGAAAAAUGGUUGAAUGAUUUAUUGGAAAUGAAUUGUCAAUCGUUACACCGAUUAAUCCAAAAAUGUUAUUAUUCAAUUUCAGAAGAUGACUUUUGCUUAGUUGAAUUUUUGAAUAAGUCAAUCGCUCAAAUUGGUAUUUUAGGAUUACAAAUUACUUGGACAAGAGAAUCGGAAUAUGCCCUACAAAAUUCUAAAUACGAUAAGAAGAUAAUGAAUAGAACAAGUAUAAAAUUCAAUGAAAUAUUGAACAUGUUAAUUCAAAAAACUACAGAAGAAUUGAGUGAAUAUGAGAGGACUAAAUACGAAACAUUAAUUACUAUACACGUUCACCAAAAGGAUAUUAUGGAUGAUCUUAUUAAAAAGAAUACGAAGACUGUUAGAGACUUUAAUUGGCAGAAACAAACUCGUUUCUAUUAUAAAGAAGAUGAUGAUGAAUGUCUUGUUCAGAUUACAAAUGUUACAUUCAGAUAUCAGAAUGAAUUUUUAGGUUGUAGAGAACGUCUUGUGAUUACGCCUUUAACAGAUAGGUGUUAUAUAACACUCGCUCAAGCUUUGGACUUAUCUUUAGGAGGUGCUCCUACAGGUCCUGCCGGAACUGGUAAAACAGAAACUGUUAAAGAUAUGGCUAAAACAUUGGGAAAAUAUUGCAUAGUUUUCAAUUGCAGUGAUCAAAUGGAUUAUAGGGGAUUAGGAAGGAUUUUUAAAGGACUAGCCCAGUCGGGUAGCUGGGGUUGUUUUGAUGAAUUCAAUCGAAUAGAAUUACCUGUAUUAUCAGUUGCGGCCCAGCAAAUUUCUUUAGUUCAUCAUGCUAAAAAAGAACAUAAGAAACAUUUCAUCUUUUCUGAUGGAACAACGGUCCCUAUGAAUGAUGUAUUCGGUAUAUUUAUAACAAUGAAUCCAGGUUACGCGGGCAGACAAGAGCUACCUGAAAAUUUAAAAUUACAAUUUCGAUGCGUUGCCAUGAUGAUUCCUGAUCAAAAGAUCAUCAUGAGAGUUAAAUUAGCUUCUUCUGGAUUUUUGGAUAACGUCCUCUUAGCUGAAAAAUUUAAUGUUUUAUAUAAAUUAUGCGAAGAGCAACUUUCGAAACAGGUUCAUUAUGACUUUGGUCUUAGGAAUAUCCUAUCUGUUUUAAGAACGAUAGGCUCAGUGAAAAGAAAUUUUGCAGAUGAAAAUGAAAGUAAACUUGUCAUGAGAGUUCUACGAGAUAUGAAUUUAUCAAAAUUAGUUGACGAAGAUGAACCAAUCUUUUUAUCAUUGAUUAGAGAUCUCUUCCCAGAUAUUUCAAUAGAUGUGGACGUUUAUCAAGAAUUACAAAAAGCCAUAACGGAUAACAUUGAUCGUUUCGGUCUCGUUAAUUCUAAUUGUUGGAAUUUGAAGAUUAUCCAGCUAUAUGAAAUUCAAAAAGUUCGGCACGGAUUGAUGGUUUUAGGUCCUACUGGAUCCGGAAAGACUACUUGUAUAAGGACAUUGAUGAAAUCUUUAACGGAUUGUGGAGAACUCCAUAGAGAAAUGAGAAUGAACCCAAAAGCGAUUACGUCAUCUCAAAUGUUUGGUAAACUAGAUGUGGCAACAAAUGAUUGGACGGACGGAAUAUUUUCAACUUUGUGGAGAAGGACUAAAAAGAAGAAGGGGGAACACUCGUGGAUAGUUUUAGACGGACCAGUUGACGCACUCUGGAUAGAGAAUCUUAAUUCAGUAUUGGACGAUAACAAAACUCUAACUCUUGCAAAUGGCGAUCGUAUUCCAAUGUCUUCUACAUCCAGAUUAGUGUUUGAAGUUCAUAGUAUUGACAAUGCUUCUCCCGCAACUGUUAGUCGUAUGGGUAUGGUUUUUAUCAGCAGUUUUACUCUGUCUUGGGAAUCAAUUAUUCAAAGUAGGCUACGUGAUAGACCACCAGGUCAAGCUGACAAACUCUUCAAAUUAUAUCAAACAAUAUUUGUGGAUAUUGAUGAAUAUUUUAGCAUUAAUUUAAAUCCAUUAACUCCCACUCUUCAAUGUAUGAGAAUUACGCAAUCAUUUGAUCUUACAAAGGGUUUUCUUCAGGAAUUUCCCGAUGUUAACGAUUACAAGUUGGAGAAAUUGUUUGUCAUGAGUCUUCUUUGGAGUUUCGGAGCUCUUUUAGAAAAAGAUGAUCGUACAAAAUUGGUUCAAUAUUUAAGAAAUCAUCCUUCAGGAUUUUGUAUUCCUUGUGGUGACCCAUUCGAAUGGAUGGUUUCAAAGUCUGGAAACUGGGAGCACUGGGAGACCAGGGUGCCUGAGUAUCAUUUUCCAACAGAUUAUAUGCCUAAUUUUUCAUCUAUUCUUGUUCCUAAUGUUGACAACACUAGAAUGGCCUAUAUAAUAGACACAAUAUGUAAGCAGGGUAAAGCUGUAUUACUCAUUGGAGAGCAGGGUACCGCAAAGACAGUUAUGGUAAAAAAGCAUUUAAAGACAUACAAUCCUGAUAAACAUCUAACAAAGAUUUACAAUUUCUCCUCCGAAACUAAACCAAUUACAUUUCAAAAAACAAUUGAAAGUUAUCUAGACAAGAGAGUUGGUUCUACCUAUGGUCCACCAAAUGGUAGAAAAAUGACAAUCUUUAUAGAUGAUAUAAAUAUGCCGGAAAUUAAUGAAUGGGGCGAUCAAGUUACUAACGAAAUAACAAGACAAUUGAUUGAAACAAACGGAUUUUAUAGUCUAAAUAAGCCAGGAGAUUUUAAUACGCUUGUAGAUUUGCAAUUUAUUGGCGCAAUGAUACAUCCAGGCGGAGGUCGAAAUGAUAUUCCUCAGAGAUUAAAAAGACACUUUUCUAUAUUUAAUUGUACUCUACCCGCCGAUAAAUCUAUUGAUAGGAUUUUUUCCACUAUUGGCCUCGGAUAUUUUUCCGAAAAGAGGUCUUUCCCUCAAAGAAUCAUUGAUCUCAUACCAAAGCUAGUUGAAGCAACUAGAUUAAUAUGGCAAAAUACUAAAUCAAAAAUGUUACCAACGCCAACCAAUUUCCAUUAUGUGUUUAACUUGAGAGAUUUAUCGAGAGUAUGGGAAGGAAUGCUUAAAGCUAAUUCCAAUGAAAUUACCGAGGAAUACAUGCUUCUUUCUCUUUGGAAAUGCGAAGUCAGCAGAGUUUUAUCGGAUCGUUUUGUAUCAGAAUCUCAUAUGAAAUGGUUUAAUACAUGUCUUACUAAGGUGGCCACAAACUUAUUAGGAGAUAGACUCUUGGAGCAAAUACCCAAUGAGCCAUAUUUCGUCAAUUUUAUGAGAGAUCCUCCAGAGUGUGAAGAUGACUUUGAUGAAUUUGAAGCGCAAUUUUCAAGACCAUACGAAUUAGUUAAUUCGUGGCAAGAAUUGACAGAAAGGAUAAAAAUGUUUAUGUCUAAUAUGAAUGAACAAAUAAGAGGAGCUAACAUGAAUUUAGUCCUAUUUAGGGAUGCUGUUAUCCACAUAAUAAAAAUAACUAGGAUAUUUGGUUUUGAAAAUGGAAACAUGUUGCUUGUUGGAGUUGGUGGCUCUGGAAAACAGUCGUUAACAAGAUUAGCCUCUUUUAUACAAGGAUUAAAAACAUUUAGAAUUACCCUGACAAGAGCUUAUAACAUAACUAACUUCAUAGAAGAUUUAAAAACUCUUCAUAAACUCUCAGGGAAAGAUGGUAAGGGGGUGGCAUUUAUAUUUACCGAUAACGAUAUUAAGGAGGAAUCGUUUCUUGAAUUGUUAAAUAAUUUACUUAGUUCUGGUGAAGUAUCAAAUUUGUUCCAGAAGGAUGAACUUGAAGAAAUUACCCAAGAUCUUAUACCUGUAAUGAAAAGAGAAUUUCCAAAAAAAUUGAUAACUUUCGAGAAUCUUUAUGAUUUCUUUAUAUCAAGAUGUAGAAAGAAUCUUCAUGUUAUUCUUUGUUUUAGUCCGGUCGGCGAAAAAUUUCGAUCCAGAUCACUGAAAUUUCCUGGUCUUAUUUCUGGCUGUACACUUAACUGGUUUCAGGAAUGGCCGAAGGAUGCUCUCAUAGCUGUUGGCUCUCAAAUUUUAUCCGAUUUAGAAGUUUUGGGAGAUGAUAAAUUGAAAGAUGGUCUUGUUGAUGUUAUCGGAACAAUACAUGAUAGAGUGUCCUCGUCUUGCUACGAAUACUUCAAAAGAUUUCGUCGAAGAACCUUUACAACUCCUAAAACUUACUUGACUUUCGUAAACAUGUAUAAACAAUAUUAUACAAAAAAAAUGUCAGAUGUUAAUGAUACCCAAAAAAGGAUCCUAACUGGUUUAGAAAAGUUGGCCGAAGCUUCUCAGAGCGUCGACAUGUUAAACAAAGAAUUGGCGGAAAAGGAGAUAUAUUUAAGAAAAGCAACAGAAAUGGCAGACGACGUUCUAACUCGUGUAACGAUAAACAAAAAAGAGGCGGAAAUUGCCAAAACUGAAGUAAUGAAAUUGAAGAUCAAAGCCGCGUCAAUUGUAGACGAAAUAAGUAUUGAGAAAGCUGCCGCUGAAAGUAAAUUAGAAGCGGCUAAACCAGCUUUAGAAGAAGCGGAGAAUGCCUUAAAAACAAUAAAAGCGCAAGAUAUACAAGUUGUUAAAAAAUUGGGUAAACCACCUCAUUUGAUUAUGAGAAUUAUGGAUUGUGUUUUAAUACUUUUAAGAAGGAAAUUGGAUAAAGUUACGUUUGAUCAAGAAAGAUCAUGCAUAAAACCAUCAUGGAACGAAUCAUUAAAAGCAAUGAGUCAGUCGUCGUUUUUAAAUGAUUUAAAGAAUUUUCCAAAGGAUACAAUUAAUGGGGAAAUGGUUGAACUACUUUUACCUUAUUUAGAAGCGGACGACUAUAAUAUUGAGGUGGCUAGACGAAUGUGCGGAGAUGUUGCUGGACUUUGUUCAUGGACUAGAGCAAUGAGAAAUUUCUAUGAAGUAAAUAAGGAAGUUAUACCGCUUAAGCUUAAUUUAGCUGUUCAAGAAGGAAGAUUUAUUACGGCAAAACGGGAAGAAGAUGCUGCUCAAGUAUUACUUGACAGUAAGGAAAAUGAAUUAGCUGAAGUGCAGAAGAUGUAUAAUGAAGCUGAAAUGGAAAAGCGUCGUUUAAUGGACGAUGCCAAAAUGUGUCAGGAAAAGAUAGACAUGUCAAAUGAGUUAAUAAACGCCCUUUCUGGAGAAAAACUUCGUUGGACUGAACAAAGUAGACAUUUUAACGCUCAAAAGCGAAAUAUAAUAGGCGAUUGCGUAAUAUGCAUUGCUUUCAUUAACUACUGCGGACCAUUCAAUCAAGAAUAUAGAAAUAUCUUACUUACGUCAUGGAGGGAGCAAUUACAAAAGGCUAAAAUACCAUUUACGAUUGACAUCGAUCUAAUUAGUACUUUGGCCGAUUUGGCAACGAUAGGCGAAUGGAAUUUACAAGGUCUACCGAAUGAUGAAUUAUCUCUUCAGGGACUUGAUCGAAGAUAUCCCCUCCUUAUUGAUCCACAAAUGCAAGGAAAAUUAUGGCUAAAAAAUAAAGGAGCUAUAAACGGUCUUCAAAUAACUCAUUUAUCACACAGGUAUUUUAGAAAUCAUCUUGAAGAUUGUUUAUCAAUGGGGAGACCUUUAUUGAUAGAGGAUGUAGGAGAAGAAUUAGAUCCUAUUCUUGAUAAUAUUCUAGAUAACAAUAUUAUAAGGAUAGGAAGAAACUUUAAAAUAUGCUUGGGAGAUAAGGAAGUUGAUUUCGAUCCAAAUUUUCGAUUAUACAUUACAACUAAAUUACCCAAUCCAGUGUUUAGUCCAGAAAUUUCUGCCUCAACCACAACAAUCGAUUUUACAGUUACAAUGACUGGAUUGGAAGAUCAACUCCUAGGUAGAGUUAUACAACAGGAGAGAGCCGAACUAGAAAAAGAGAAAAUUGCUCUUGUACAAGAAAUUUCAAAUAACAAUAGGAGAAUAAAGGAAUUAGAAUCUGAUUUAUUAGAAAAAUUAACUGAUAGUACUGGCUGUUUAAUUGAGAAUCGAGAGUUAAUAGAAGUUUUAAACGUAACUAAGAAAAUGGCGGGAGAAAUUGAACAAAAAUUAAAAGUUGCUGCAGAGACCACCAUUAAGAUAAACUCUGCAAGAAAUGAAUAUAAAUUAGUUGCAACUAGAGGUUCAAUACUUUACUUUCUUAUUUGCGAUAUGUCAAUGUUAAAUCCUAUGUAUCAAACAUCGUUGAGACAAUUUCUUAAAAUAUUUGAUAAUUCUUUAAUGAAGAGUGAAAGAUCAUUGGUCCAAGGGAAAAGAAUUAGGUCUAUAAUUAAUACAUUAACCCAACAAGUGUAUCAUUUUGUUGUAACUGGAUUAUAUGAGAAGCAUAGAUUUUUAUUUACUUUGCUUAUUACUUUAAAAAUUGAUUUGGGCAGAAAUUAUGUCAAAAGGAAUGAAUUUGAGAUCCUAAUUAAAGGAGGUGCUAAUUUGGAUAUCAAAUCUACUGAACCUAAAAUAGCUAAAUGGAUUAGUGAUCAUGCUUGGUUGAAUUUAGUAUCUUUGAGUAGUUUAAAUACUUUUAAUGAUAUAAUUAAACAUAUAAAGCUAAAUGAAAAAGCUUGGAAAUUAUGGUUUGAAAAAGAUGAACCGGAGGAAGAGGAAAUACCAAAAAGUUAUGGAAAAGCCUUAGAUUCUUUUCGCAGGUUGCUAUUGAUUAGGUCCUGGUGUCCUGAUAGGACCAUAUCUCAAGCUAGAAAAUAUGUUGCCGAUUCUCUUGGUGAUAUAUAUACUCAGCCGGUGUUACUCGAUUUGGAGAGAAUCUACCAGGAUAGCGAUCCAAAAUCUCCUAUGCUAUGCCUAUUGUCUAUGGGAUCAGAUCCUACUGCAUUAAUAGAAAUCUUAGCUAAAUCUAAGCAAACUGAAGUUAGAACUAUAUCUAUGGGCCAAGGUCAAGAGAUAUAUGCAAUUAAAUUUUUAAAACAAUUUAUGAUAGACGGUGGCUGGAUUUUAUUACAAAAUUGCCAUUUAAGCUUAAGUUUCAUGAUUGAAUUGGUAGACAGAUUGUUAGAAAAUGAGCACAUUCAUCCAUCUUUUAGAUUAUGGAUGACAAGUGAAGUACACGAAAAGUUUCCUAUUACACUUUUACAAAUUUCUACUAGAUUUACUAAUGAACCACCUGAGGGAAUUAGGGCUGGUCUGAAGAGAACGUAUGGAAGUAUUACUCAAGAAGUACUAGAUAUGUCGAAUAUGAUGCAAUGGAAGCCUCUUCUCUAUGCAAUUUCUUUCCUUCAUUCGGUUAUUCAAGAAAGACGGACGUUUGGCUAUCUGGGAUGGAAUAUUCCUUAUGAUUUCAACCAAUCAGACUGGAAUGCUUGUAUUCAAUUUAUUCAAAAUCAUUUGGAUGAUGCAUAUAAAAUUGGUAUUUCUUGGACAACAAUCCGCUAUAUGAUUAGUGAGGUUCAUUAUGGAGGAAGAGUGACCGAUGACUACGAUAAAAAUCUCCUUAAAACCCUAAUAAAAGUAUGGUUUUCUGAUGAUAUUUUCCAUGAUGAUUUUACAUUUUCUCAAGGCUAUAGCCUACCAUUUUGUACUACUUCAGCAGAGUAUUUAACAUUUAUUGACUCUCUUCCAAAAGUUGAUCAUCCUACAGCAUUUGGACUUCACUCAAAUGCUGAUAUAACAAAACAAUCCAAUUUUGCUAAAGAUGUCCUCGAUGGAAUUUUAUCAAUUCAACCAAAAGAAUCGGUUGGUGGGGAAGAUGUAGGAGAAACUAGAGAAACUGUUGUCUAUCGUUUAGCGGAAGAUAUCCUAACAAAAUUACCUAUAGAUUAUGAUUUUCAAGAUAUCAAACAGAAAUUAAAUAGAAUGGGAAACAUUCAACCAUUAAAUAUUUUCUUAAAACAAGAGAUUGAUAGACUUUAUAAAGUUAUCUCAACUAUGAGAAUAACAUUAACAAAUUUAAAACUAGCAAUUGAGGGAACGAUAAUCAUGUCUGAUCAAUUAAAAGAUGCUUUUAAUAGUAUUUACGAUGCUAAAAUUCCAUUACAAUGGAUUAGAAUAUCUUGGGAAUCUUCCACUCUCGGAUUUUGGUUUAGUGAACUCUUAGACAGGCAUGAACAUUUAACAUCCUGGCUUAAGUCGGGUAGACCUAACUCAUUUUGGUUGGCGGGUUUCUUCAAUCCACAAGGAUUUUUAACUGCUAUGAGACAAGAAGUUACUAGAAGUCAUAAAGGAUGGUCGCUAGAUUCUGUUGUCCUAUCAAAUGAUGUAACAAAACUCCUAAAGGAAGACGUUAUUCAAGGUCCUUUGGAGGGCGUUUAUAUAUACGGCUUGUAUUUAGAAGGUGCCGGGUGGGAUCGAAAGAAUUCAAGAUUAACUGAAGCUGUCAAUAAAAUUCUAUUCUCUCCUCUGCCAAUCAUACACGUCUACGCUAUCCAGAAAGAUAAAUUCCAUUGUUCGACAGCAUAUUCCUGCCCUGUUUAUAAGAGAUCCAUCAGAAAUAGUGAGAAUUAUGUGGCUAACAUGAAUUUGAGAACUACUCAAUCGUGUGAUCAUUGGAUAAUGAGAGGUGUUGCCAUACUGUGCGACAUUAAAUAG